AUGUCUGCAUCAACUCCCACCACUCUUCCUCUUAGUCUCGACCACCUGACGAGCCAACAAGUCGAUAUGGAUUCUUCAGAAACAUUCAAGUCCUUUAAACAAGCCCCUGGCCACCAUCCCCACAACCAUCGCCAGAUCCCUUCAGCCCUCCCCUCCCCAGACUACUCCGAUUCCGACGAGAUUGAAGGCGGAUCCAACAGCGGGAGUACCAUCAGCACCAACAACACGAGUGGGACCAUAUGCCACGGCCGCGUCAAGAACCCCGAGGCAAUGGUCCCUAAGACCUGGUGGAAGACUGUCUUCAGCGACCAACUCUAUCUACAGACCGACGGCGACGUUGUCGAAGACUCGGCCAUCACUCGCGAAGAAGUCCGGGUCCUCGAGGGUAUCGCCGCUAUCCGCAAUAUUCUCCAGGCCUCUACUGAUUCUAAUGCAUCUGCAAGGACGAUCAAGGUACUGGACUUGUGCUGUGGACAAGGGCGCCAUAUCCUUCAGCUCGCGGAACUGUACCCUGCCUUGGAACUCUAUGGACAUGACCAGUCUGAAUUUUUGAUCCAAUUGGCCCGUUCCCGAGCCGCUGCCGCUGCCUCCACCAAGGAUGACGCACCAUUGACCACUUCCCCCACCACCACCAAGAAAAAAGGCGCACAGAUCCAAUUCACAAUCGGAGACUGCCGCUCGAUCCCCUUCUCUGACUCGACCUUCGAUCUCGUCCUAGUCAUGGGAAACUCCUUCGGCUAUUUCUCCAACGACAAAGACGACGAAACUCUCCUGACCCAGAUCCACCGAGUCCUCCGCCCUGGCGGAGUCGUAGUCUUGGAUAUCACAGACGGCGCCUACCAGCGUGAGAACUAUUCCCCGCGUGGGUGGGAAUGGGUCGAUGACGAGAUGUUGGUCUGUCGAGAGAGGUGGUUGAGCGAGGACAAGAAGCGGUUGGUCUGUAGGGAGGUUGUUAUCAAGACUGCUCAAGGAGUGAUUCGGGACCAGUUUUAUCAGGAGCGUCUUUACGACAGUGGCGAAAUGGGUGAGGCACUGAGGGCCGCAGGGUUGAAGCGUGUCGAUCAAGAGGAGGUCGGCGAAGAGCAGAACGGCCAGGGCCAGGAGGAUCACCAGGUGCACGACUUGGAGAUUAAGACCGGCAAGGAGAUGAGCCAGCGCGGAGAGGACCUUGGCAUGAUGGACCAGCGAAAGUUUGUCGUCGCUAUCAAGCAUACCCUUUAG